CCAGCAGUGCGUUCAGUACCCAUUUUACGUUAGCCAAUCACCGUUACUGUUACGAAACGGUUAAUCGAACGAACCGUUUUGGCGCAAACGUUUAAAGAUGGCGGACAGGAGAAUAAUAUCAGCGAUUUUGUUAGAAGAAUUGGCGGAAGAUGACUUAUUUACGCAAUUUAAUUCUAAUCAAACAUUGGCAAUGGAUGUCAUGAAUGGUUCUCUAAAUGCUGUUUCAUUGGUUGUGUCCAGCAAUAGUGAUCCAGUACGUGUUGAAGGUUAUGUGCCUGAGGUUGUUUCAAUAUACUCUGAUUUAGAGUUCAAAUCCCAUUUUAGAAUGCAGAGAUCAACAUUUGAGAUGUUAUGCACAGAAGUUGCUCCCGAGUUUCCUAGAGAGCGUUCAAUUAACCUGGAAACAAAGAUGUUAGCCACCUUGUGGUUACUAGGUACACAAGAAUGUUACAGAAGUGUGGGAGACAGAUUUGGUAUGAGUAAAGGCACGUUACACCUCAUUGUUCAGCAAGUUUGUCGAGUGAUUUCAGACAUGAGAGAAAGUUACAUCAAAAUGCCUAGGACCAGACAGGAGAUGGAAAGGGUAGAGAAAGGGUUUAGAGAAAAGUGUGGCAUGCCAGGAGUUGUAGGUGCUAUUGAUGGUACACAUAUAGCCAUUCCAGGGCCGUCUGAUCAUAGGUCAUCCUAUAUUAACAGGAAGGGGUAUCCAAGCAUGCAACUGCAAGUUGUGUGCGACAGCCAACUUAAGUUCCUGGAUACCUACACUGGCUGGCCUGGAUCUGUGCAUGACGCAAGGGUGUAUAGGAACAGCUCCAUAUCCGAAACAGUGUCUAAUCUGCCUCAUGAUAAGCAUCUUCUUGGGGAUUCAGCCUACCCGUUGAAAGUUAAUAUGUUGGUUCCAUUUAGAGACAAUGGUCAUUUAAAUAGGGUUGAAAAAAAGUUCAAUAAAGUACACUCGUCCACUAGAGUGGAUGUUGAAAGAGCCAUUGGACUGCUCAAGUGCAAAUUCAGAAGGCUGAAAUACCUUGAUAUGCUUAUGGUGGAGGAAAUUCCAGUAACUAUCACAUCUUGCUGUGUUCUCCACAACUACAUAUUAGAAAAUGACAGUGAUGACUUUGAGGAGUCUGUUGACGAGUUCAAUGGUGGGGACUCCAAUAUUGAUCAAAAUGAAAAUACGGAAAAUGUUAGUGGCCAGGCUGAAGAAAAGAGGCAGCAUGUUGCAAAUCUUCUCUAAUGCCUAUAGAUAUCAUUGAAAGUGCCUUUACUGAAAGUGAAAAUGUCAUUUUAGUGUGGUCUAACUUUUGUCAAGGUGUAGCAUAUUUGCAUAUGAUUAGCUAAGUAAAAUUGAAUAUAUUAAGCAGUUAUUCUUAUUAAAUGAUGCUUUGCUGUAUCAACUUACAUGAAAGUUAUGAUAUGAAUUAUUCAAUAAUUGUGAUUAAAUUUAUAAAAGCUAGUACUUAUGCUAGUGACAGGCUGAUUUCUUAGCAUAUUCUGUUAGUCUACUCUAGUCAAUUAGUACCUGCCACAGGACAGUGCUGAAUGACCAUAGUGGGACUGUGAUUGUCUGAGUUGCGAGUUAUUUUCACUUUUUCUGUACACACUAUAAAUUUUAGGAAAAAUUGUAAUGCAUGGAGUAUGUUACAAAACUUAAAAUCUUAAAUGUUCAUGAAGUCGAAAAGAAAAAUGGCAGCCUGACUAGACUCGAACCAGAGACUCUUGGACAACCUUUUCGGAUCUUUAUUGUUAUUCCCACUGGAACCAUAGUUGUAAUUCCUUGAUUUUUGCUUGAUACCAAUAUGAAUAUUAUCUAAAUGCACAUGUAUCCGUUUAUGUAUACAAAAGAUAAUGAGGCAUUAAUUUUGGCUCUACAAUUAUCAUAUUGAUGUGUGAAUGUAGAUUAAAAAGGUUGUUAGUGUUUUAAAAUCUGAACUUAAUUAAAUUGU